AUGGGUGCUCGAAACACUCCUUAUCACAAUGGGCUUUUCUUCUUCGACCUUGAAUUCCCUUCCGAUUAUCCCAAUCGUCCUCCCAGUGUACGUUACCGUUCUUUCGGUCUAACAUUAAACCCUAAUUUAUGCAGAGAUGGGUACGUUUGUUUUAGCUUGUUGAACACUUGGACCGGCGAACAGACUGAGCGAUGGGACCCUAACAAAUCAACGGUUCUUCAGGGACUUGUUCUUAACGAAAAGCCUUACUACAACGAGCCGGGACCUAAACCGGCUCCUUCGUGGAAGGCUUACAACGCCGAUGUUUUCCCGCUGUCUUGCAAAACGAUGCUGUUUUUGCUGAAUAAGCCGUUGAGGAACUUCGAGGAAUUCAUCGCCGCGCACUUUAAGGAACAUGGGAGCGUCAUAUUGAGAGCUUGCAUUGCUUAUCGACACCGUCGAGUUUCAAUCGGCUUCUUCGAUGUUGAUGAUGGGCGGAUUACAUCAGAUGAAAAGAUAAAGGUGUCGAAGAAAUUCAAGAAGUCCAUGGAUCAACUUUACCCGAAGCUUUAUAAAGCUUUCGAUGGCAUCGGAGCUUCGUUGAACAACUUGCCCGAAACGAUGGUGGAGGUUGAAGAAAAGCGGCCAAGUGGUAUUAUCAGCAAAUUGAAAAAGUUUUGGAAAGCCAUUAAAAAUUAG